GAGUUUAUGUUUACUAACAACAUUCUUCUUCGCCCGUCAUGCAAAUUAUUAUAUAAGUAUUGGUAGCAAUAGAUGCAGUAAAAAUAAUUGAUUUUGUUAAUUUUACCCUCCCAGAUAAAGAUGCCUAAGCAACGAAAAGGCAAAAAGGAAAAUGAAGAUGUUUCUAAGAAUGACACAUCACUUGAUGAACCAUCUACAAGUUCCCAACCGAUACAAAGAAGAUCGUCUCGUAGAAAAGCUUCCCCUUUCCGUGGGUUUGAUGAAGCUAUCGACCAAAACAAUUUAACAGUAAUGAAAAGUGUUGCACAGUCUAAAAGGGACGAAGACCACCUUCCAGACGAGGAGUUAGAAGGUAUGUCUAAGCGACAAAAAGGCAAAAAAGAAAAUGAAGAUGUUUCUAAGAAUGACACAUCACUUGAUGAACCAUCUACAAGUUCCCAACCGACACUAAGAAGAUCGUCUUGUAGAAAAGAUUCCCCUUUCCGUGGGUUUGAUGAAGCUAUCGACCAAAAGGAUUUAAAAGUUAUGAAAAGCGUCGUACAGUCUAAAAGGGACGAAGACCACCUUCCAGACGAGGAGUUAGAAGGUGUUGUAACUAAGAAAAGGAAACAGGUUUGCCCACCCAAGAACUCUGAAUCCAAAAAAGUUAAAGUAACUAAGGAUCCUAAAAAGGGACAUUCAAAUGAUAUUAAGAAAAAACCCCAAAAGGGUGACUUUCCAAGUAAAUUCAGGAGCCGUCCACCAAAACAUGACAUACUUAAAGACUUGACUCAUAGAUCAACGUCCAACAAUAACAGUAACACAAGUUUCUUGGGCGCUGAAAGCAAAUUUGGAAAUAUUGUUAAUACGUUUGAUAGCUUACAAAGAGGUGUUUUCAAAUAUUCAACUUUUGAUGAGGUUGCUGAGCAGGUAACCUUGAAAGAACUCAGGCGGUUCAUUGUCUUUGCAAGGAAUGAAGACUCAGAUCGCCGAAUAACUGCGAUAGCAUGGCAUCCAACUAACCCGCGUGUUUUAGUCUCCGGCGGAAAAGCUGGAACUCUAGUCUUGUACGAGGUUAAUGAGAAUAAAUCUACUUUCAAUGUUGAAGCAGAUAAAGUGUUUCCUGGGUGCAUACUACAAUUUGUUGGGCCAGGAGGGACGAUGGAAAAUAUCAGGUUUAAUCCCAAGAGCUGUGACACUCAAGUGUUUACUGCUAGUGUUGAUGGCUCUAUAGCUUCGUAUCAUUUUGAAAACUUUAUCCGAAAAUCCCUUAUUGAAUCUCCUGACUCUCACCGGGUGUGGUUUUGUGGACUAGAUAUCCACCAAGAUGGCAAGUCAGUGUACGGUGGCGACUCAGAAGGAAACAUAGCCAUUCAUCAUCUCGACAACGGCAAAACUGAAUAUAACCUAAACACUUUUAAACUUCACAGAGGCAAAAUUAGACAUCUCGAGUUCAAUCCUAGGGACCCGAACCUAUUGGUGACUUGUUCUUUAGACAAGACAGUAAAAUUGUGGGACAUCCGCAACUUGAAAGGCAAAACCAGCUGUAUUGAAUGUCUCGUACACGAUUCGGGAAUUUCAGCAGCUAAAUUCAGCCGCACGGAUGGAUGUCGUUUACUGACUACAGACAUUCAGUGUCAACUGAGGGUGUACAAGGCUCCGUUCUGGACUUUGGAACACAAAAUCACUCAUCCUCAUAGGCACUUCCAGCACCUCACUGUCAUCAGGGCAAGCUGGCAUCCUCGUGCAGAUUUAUUUGUCGUAGGACGCUACCCUGACCCUAAGCUCACAAGUUUUGAUCGCCUCCGCAGUGUUGAUGUAUUUUCCGCCUCAUCAGGCAAGCUGUGUAAUGAGUUUGGUUCCACCUGUAACCUCAUCACCAGUCUGACAGAGUUCAACUGUAACGGCCGCCUCAUGGCCUCCACCACUGGAAGAACAUUGAACUUAUGGAAACCUGAAAUACCUUUCUCUUGGAAAAAACAAAAAAAAAUAUCACUUACUACCUAACCAACCGGACACCAAUAGACGCGCCUUUUCAAGGCACACGUCAGUACAGCAAUGGCCACAGUGACCCAAAAUGAAGGUUACUUUCCGAACGGCCCUUGUAUAUUUGGAUGAGCUUUUGACAGUAGUGUAAGGAAAACCUUAGUAUUUAGAAAUAUAAACCCCAACAACAAGUUUUUCGUUUCAAAUUGAUAUGUUGGAAGAAGAUAAGUUAAAGUUACUAAUUCUCAAAUAUUGACCUUAUCAAUGUCAAAUAUUGACCUUAUCUAAACCUAUUUAAACACAAGUUUUGCUCAUAUAGAAACUAUAUUUAGGGUUUGAACAGAUGUUAGAUUGAUUUUAAACAUAACAGCGUUUUCUAGCACAUGCAUAUAACAUAUAUUAGGCCUACCAUAGCCAAAAAGAAUUAAUUAUAGACCGUCAGCUGUGCUGCGGUUACCAUAGGUUCUGGCGCAACCACUUGGAGCGCCAUGUAGUUACGGCGUACACGCUACGUAAACUACAGCGGUCUGCGCCGGAACCUAUGGUAACCGUAGCACGGCUGACAGUCUAUAUUUUAUUCUUUUUGUCUACAAUAGCACAGAAUCACUGGAUUGUAAUAGAUUGCAAAAUUACAUUGUUUACUUUAUACAUUAAUACUUAAACUUAAAAUAGAAACAGUUUAGCCAUAAGAUCGUUAAAUGUUAAAUGUACAUUUUGUAAACAGUUUGUUACUGUAUAGAUGACUUGUUAGUGAACAGUCUCUAAUUGUUUAUUUUGUUAUGAUUGUAGUCAAGGAUGUUUAGUGAUUAAAGUCUCAAUUUUCAUAAUCAUAAAAGUAUUUAGUUAAAGUAGGAUUGUUCAGCAAGCAAAUGUAUUAAAGUAAAAUAAUAGCUUUAGAAAUGUUUCUUUUUAUUUUAAGGUUAUGUUAUUAGGAAAAAGCAUUUAGCCUGGAUUAAAUAACUAUAGGAUGGAGAGAACACAGCUAACUCACAUGAAGAAAGGUUGCAGACGAGUCAAAGAACACAUAAAAACUCGCACAUAAUAAUACUUGAUAUUUCGCCUCUUUCAGAGGCUUCUUCAGAAGUAGGCCUAGAUGGCAGUUACAAAGACAACAAAAAAACUGGAAUAUCAAGUAAUUUAAUAAGCGAAAUAUCAAGUAUUAUUAUGUGUGUGUUUUUAUGUGUUCUUUGACUUGUCUGCAACCUUUCUUUAGGUGAGUUAGCUGUGUCCUCUCCAUCCUAUAUAUUUAUUCUAUCUUUUUAUUGUGAUUGUUGCUUUUCAGUUAAGAAGAGAUGUUCUUUGAGCAAUUUCAGAAGUUUUUUCUCAAAAGCUCUCUAUUGAUAGCUUUCAAUCCUCAGUAGAUAACUGAUAAUUAAUAAUCUUCAUGAUACAUAAUAAGUAUUCAGAUUUGAAUAAUGUUUUGAGAAUAGUACA